GUCCGGGCUGCCCCGGGGCGGCGGCCGACUGGGAUGGCAAGAUAGCGGCGCGGGAGCGGCCGGACUGACUGAACAGCACGGACAAUGGGAGCUUUCUCAUGGUGGAGACAGCCGUCUUGGAUGGUGGACAAUAAAAGAAGGAGGAUGACUCCAAACCUGCCCCGGCUCCUGUCAGCUCUGACUCUUCUGCAUCUGAUGACGCAUGUAAAUGGUGUGAAGAGAGGGGUACAAGAUUUGAAAUGCACAACCAACAACAUGCGAAUAUGGGACUGCACAUGGCCAGUACCCCUCGGGGUCAGCCCUGGAACUGUUAAAGACAUUUGCAUUAAAGACAGGUUCCAUUCUUGUCAUCGACUAGAGACAACAAACGUUAAAAUUCCAGCUCUUUCACCCGGUGAUCACGAAGUCAUGAUAAACUAUCUAAAUGGCUUUCAGAGUAAAUUCACACUGAAUGAGAAAGAUGUUUCUUUAAUUCCAGAUACUCCUGAGAUCUUGGAUUUGUCCGCUGACUUCUUCACCUCCUCGUUAGAACUGAAGUGGAACGACAGAGGAUCUGCUCUCCCUCACCCCUCCAAUGCCACCUGGGAGGUUAAGGUUCUACAGAAUCCGAGGACAGAACCCGUAGCACUAGAGUCAUUCAACACAGUGCUGAGUGGUAAAGAUGCAGUUCACCACUGGAACUGGACCUCAGACCUGCCCUUGCAAUGUGCCACUCACUCCGUGAGCAUUAGAUGGCACAUUGACUAUCCUCAUUUCUCGGGUUAUAAACAGUGGAGUGACUGGAGCCCGCUGAAGAACAUUUCCUGGGUUCGUAACACUGAGACUAAUGUUUUCCCUCAAGACAAAGUGGUACUUGCAGGCUCCAACAUGACGAUUUGUUGUAUGAGUCCAACGAAAGUGCUUUCAGGACAGAUUGGCAAUACGUUUCGUCCUCUCAUCCAUCUUUAUGGGGAAACUGUUGCUAUCCAUAUCCUGAACAUACCUGUUUCCGAAAACAGCGGAACAAACAUCAUUUUCAGCACAGAUGAUGAUGUGUAUGGAACGGUUGUCUUUGCGGGCUAUCCACCAGAUGUUCCUCAGAAACUGAGCUGUGAGACCCAUGACUUCAAAGAGAUUAUAUGUAGUUGGAAUCCAGGAAGGAUAACAGGACUGGUGGGCCCACGAAAUACAGAAUACACCUUAUUUGAAAGCAUUUCAGGAAAGUCGGCAGUAUUUCACAGGUUUGAAGAACUUGCAAAUGAAACCUAUUGGUUAAGCUUGCAAAUGCUUCCUGACCAAGAAAUUCAUAACUUCACCCUGACUGGUCGCAAUCCACUGGGACAAGCAGAAUCAGCAAUUGCCAUCAACAUAACUGAAAGAGUUGCCCCUCACGUUCCUAUCUCGUUGAAAGUGAAGGACAUCAAUUCAACAGUUGUUACACUUUCCUGGUAUUUGCCAGGAAAUUUUACAAAGAUUAAUCUUUCAUGUCAGAUUGAAAUCUGUAAAGCUAGCUCCAAGAAAGAAGUGCGGAAUGCCACAGUGAGAGGAGCCGAGGAUUCAACUUACCCUGUUGCUGUGGACAAAUUAAACCCAUACACUGUAUAUUCCUUCCGGGUUCGUUGUUCUUCCGAGACUUUCUGGAAGUGGAGCAGGUGGAGUAAUGAAAAGCGACAUUUAACCACAGAAGCCACUCCUUCAAAGGGACCAGAUACCUGGAGAGAGUGGAGUUCCGAUGGGAAAAACUUAAUCAUCUACUGGAAGCCUUUACCCAUUAAUGAAGCGAAUGGAAAAAUACUUUCCUACAAUGUAUCGUGUUCAUCAAACGAGGAGACACAGUCCCUUACUGAGAUCCUUGAUCCACAGCACAGAGCAGAGAUACAGCUUAAUAAAAAUGACUACAUCAUCAGUGUGGUGGCAAGAAAUUCUGCUGGCUCAUCACCACCUUCGAAAAUAGCUAGUAUGGAAAUCCCAAAUGAUGACAUCACCGUAGAGCAAGCGGUUGGGGUAGGAAACAGGAUCUUCCUCACCUGGCAUCACAACCCCAACAUGACUUGUGACUAUGUAAUUAAAUGGUGCAACUCGUCUCGGUCUGAGCCCUGCCUCCUGGACUGGAUAAAGGUUCCCUCAAACAGCACUGAGACUGUCAUAGAGUCUGAUCAGUUUCAGCCAGGAGUAAGGUAUAACUUUUACCUCUAUGGGUGCACUAACCAGGGAUACCAACUGUUACGUUCUAUAAUUGGAUAUAUAGAAGAAUUAGCUCCAAUUGUUGCACCAAAUUUUACCGUGGAAGAUACGUCUGCGGAUUCCAUAUUAGUAAAAUGGGACGACAUCCCCGUGGAAGAGCUCCGGGGCUUCUUAAGAGGGUAUUUAUUUUACUUGCAGAAAGGAGAGAGAGAUACACCUAAGACCAAGACGAGGAGCUUGGAGACAGAUCGUUCUGACAUCAAGCUAAAGAAUAUCACUGACAUAUCCCAGAAGACACUGAGGAUUGCCGAUCUUCAGGGUAAAACCAGUUACCAUCUGGUCCUGCGAGCCUAUACACACGGUGGGCUGGGCCCAGAGAAGAGCAUGUUUGUGGUGACCAAGGAAAACUCUGUGGGAUUGAUUAUCGCCAUCCUCAUCCCAGUGGCCGUGGCUGUCAUUGUUGGCGUGGUGACAAGCAUCCUUUGCUAUCGGAAGCGAGAAUGGAUUAAGGAAACAUUCUACCCUGAUAUUCCCAAUCCAGAAAACUGUAAAGCGUUACAGUUUCAGAAGAGUGUCUGUGAGGGAAGCAAUGCUCUUAAGACACUGGAAAUGAAUCCCUGUACCCCAAAUAACGUCGAAGUCCUGGAAUCUCGAUCAAUAGUCCCUAAAAUAGAAGAUACAGAAAUCAUUUCCCCAGUUGCGGAGCGUCCCAGGGAAAGCUCCGAGGCAGACCCCGAGAACCCCGUGGUUGUGUCUUACUGCCCACCGAUCAUCGAGGAGGAAGUAACGAACCCCACAGCGGAUGAGGCGGGAGCGGCUUCCCAGGUCAUCUACAUAGAUGUGCAAUCCAUGUAUCAGCCACAAGCCAAACCAGAGGAAGAACAGGACGCUGACCCCGUGGCGCUGGCAGGCUAUAAGCCACAGAUGCGCCUCCCCAUUAACCCCGCUGUGGAAGACACGACAGCAGAAGAUGAAGCGGGUAAGACUGCAGGUUACAGACCUCAGGCCAAUGUAAAUACUUGGAAUCUGGUCUCUCCAGAUUCCCCAAGGUCCGCAGACAGCAACAGUGAAGUUGUCUCCUUUGGAAGUCCGUGCUCCAUCAAUUCCAGGCAAUUUUUGAUCCCUCCUAAAGAUGAAGACUCUCCUAAAUCUAAUGGAGGAGGAUGGUCCUUUACAAACUUCUUCCAGAACAAACCAAAUGACUAACCAGGUCACCCUUUGCCACUUCAGUCUGCCAUCUCAGUAAACCCCUCCCUGCCGCUGUCAUGGCGGCAGCCGGGGCAUUUCUGGAGGGACCCUGCAAAUGUUGAUAGCCAGGGACCUUCACUCUGGGUAAGUGACACUAGAAGUGUUAAUGUGCUUUUAAUGUAUCCUAAAAGCCAGAGUGCGGUGACUCAGCCCUCAGCCACAGAAACUCAAGAUUUGAAGCUGUUUUUGAUUGAGCCAAAGAAUCCUCCCGAAGGAUCUCAAGACUGACUAACUCUGUCUCGUACAUACAUGCUAAACAAAUCUCACAACUCUUUUCUGUUGUUAAUGGUUUUCUCAUCUCUGUAUGGUAUGGAAUUGCAAGUGGAUUUACAGGCAAAGGAGAAAACCGUCCAAGUCAAAACAACGUUAAUUUGCCUGACAUUUACUGCGGUCUAGAGGAAAACCAAGCACAGACUUUAAAGCCUUUAUGAUGUCUCUGUCCACAGCAUUUACAGAAGCGCAUCUAGUUUUUAAUGUAGCAGGAGCUAUCUGGCGUUCUGUCUGAUAAAGUGUGCUGAUUUCUGUG